AUGAGCUUCAACUAUUUAAAAUCAGCCAGAAAAGUGGUUUGCAUUGGUAGGAACUAUGCAGCUCAUAUCAAAGAACUGAACAAUCCGACACCUAAGCAACCUUUUUAUUUCUUGAAGCCGACUUCAAGCAUCGUUACACCUGUUGAAACUGACGACAUCAUACCAAGAAAUGAGACCGAAAGUGUGACUUAUGCGGGUUUGAGAGCGGAUGGGUCUAAUCCAGGUCCAAUCUAUAUUCCCAAGGGUGUUAAAGUUCACCACGAAGUUGAACUUGCUUUGAUAAUGGGUCGUAACGUGUCCAACGCGACACCGGAAUCGGUUCAAGCUGAUGACGUCUAUGAUCUCAUUAGUGGGGUUGCCUUGGCAUUAGAUCUGACAGCUCGUAACGUUCAGGAUGAAGCGAAAGCCAAAGGGUUACCUUGGUCGAUCGGAAAGGGAUUUGAUAGCUUUUUGCCUAUAUCCGAUUUUAUUCCCAAGUCCCAGCUCAGUAGAGAUGACUUCCAAAACUCGUUUCGUCUUACAUGCUCUGUUAACAAUAAGGGCAGACAGGAUGGAACAACGGAUCUCAUGCUAAAUCCGCUUCACGCCAUCAUUCAGCAUAUAUCCAGUACGAUGUCUUUAGAGCCAGGUGACAUUGUGUUGACAGGGACACCCGCUGGUGUAGGUGAAAUUGGUCCCGGUGACACGAUCAAGUCUGCUUUAUACCAGAAUGGGAAACUCUUGACUAGCUUCAAAUUCGAUUGCAAAUCUCGUCCUGGCCCUUACGUGUUCCACGAAACCUAA